UUUGCAGUCUGUGACCACUUCUGUUGUUAUGGCUGUGUAUGUGGAUCAUAGAACAGAAGCUCCUGAUUCAGUUGCCUCCCCUUCUCAUAUAGCAUGGCACCCACUUCAUCCACUCCUGGCAGUUGCUUCCAUCAGCACAGCAUCUGGGGGCUGUGUGGAUAUCUACCUGGAACAGGGAGAGCAUGUGUCCGAUGCACAUGUUGAGAGAAACUUUCAGGUGACAUCACUUUCCUGGCACCCCUCUAGACCGAUUCUUGCAGCGGGCUGGGAGUCUGGAGAAGUUGUGAUACUUAACAAACAAGAUAAGGAGCACCAUGCUGUACCACCAAAUCAUAAUGUGAAAAUUACAGCCCUAAACUGGAGUACAAAUGGUACCAGCCUUGUGUCUGGUGAUAGGCAUGGUGUCUUGGUUCUAUGGAGAAUGGACCAGCGAGGCAGAGUGCAGGGUCCUGCCCUGCUGAAACAAGAGUAUGGAAAAUGUUUGUCUCGCUGUGUCUUUCGACCACCUCCUCCUGGCGAGGACUUUGUACAGCUGGCAAAAGCAGCUGUGAGUGGUGAUGAGAAGGCCUUGGAUAAGUUUAACUGGAGAAAAGCUGGAACAGGAGCACCUCUGAAAAUGGGACUCCAGGAAGGACUCUCCUUCUUUAUCACUUUGACAGAUGGUUCUGUGCAUUACGUGAAUGAGAAAGGAAAGACAAGGCAUGUAUUGUCCACAGACAGUCUGGUCCAAAAGCUUCUGUUCAUGGAGAAAAGAGAUGUUUUACUUGUAAUAACAGAGAAUCUGCAGUUGUCCUUGCAUGCAGUUACUCUUGAGGGAGAGGCAGAAGAGCUCAUGAAGGUGAAGUUGAGUGGGAAGACAGGUCAUUCUGCAGACAUCAUUUUAAUAGACCAUAGCCUUGUUGUUACAGCAUUAGGCGAGACAGUCAUCAGGUUCUGGGAUUUGGACCGAGAUGAGAACUAUGUGCUCUCCCCAGAUGUGCAAUUUGGCUUUGAGGGAGGAGAAUGUAUCAACUGUAUUUCUUACUGCAGUGCUAAAGGUCUCUUAGCAGCUGGUACUAACAAAGGGAGAAUAGCUAUGUGGAGGAAAGCAUCAGGAUCCGAUCAGAGCAUACGGGCUUUGGAGGGCAAGGAGAAGUGGAAGCUCCAGGCACCUACCGAACUUGAAGGAAAUGUCACUCAGAUAAAGUGGGGCUCCCGAAAAAACCUGCUGGCAGUGAACAACAUCAGCUCUGUGGUGAUCCUGAGUGAGCAGGCCAUAUCGUCUCAUUUUCAUCAGCAAGUGGCUGUUGUACAGGUGUCUCCCAACCUGUUUAACGUGACCAUCUUCAGCACAGGAACCACACACAGUCUUCGUGUUGAUAUGAAUGUUAACGGAGUCUUCGCUACUAAGGAUGCUGUAGUAUUCUGGAAUGGGAAGCAAGUUACUGUCUUUGAGUGCUCAGGAGAUGCCUUCAGAAGUGCAGGCUCUUUUCUUUGUGACUCUCCAGUUCUGUCCGUGCAUGGAGAAAAUCUGUAUACAGUUGAGCCGUAUCGCGUCCAGGUCCGCACCUGGCAGGGCACAGUUAAACAGCUGCUGGUGUUCUCCGAAGCAGAGGGGAAUCCGUGCCUCUUGGACGUCUGCGGAAAUUUCCUGGCUGUUGGAACUGAUUUGGCUCACUUUAAAAUCUUUGAUCUCUCCCGCAGAGAGGCAAAAGUGCACUGCAGUAGCAAGAAUUUCUUCGACCUGUUUCCUGGCCUUGGAGGCAUUGCAUCUGUCAAGUGCAAUGCUAGUGGCAAUAAAGUCAGCAUCCUUGUUAGCAAGGUGGAUGGGAACAUUGAUUCCAAGAUCUGUUUCUAUGAUGUUGAAAUGGACAAAGUUACACUCUUUGAUUUCAAGGCUGAACAGGGAAAUGGUAGAGAGAAGCUUUCUUCUGGACAAAGCAUUGACAAGUCUGUUGUGGAGUAUCCAGAGUUGCACAGUCACAUCCCUGCUUGCCAUUUCUGGGACCAGAGUGAACCAAGACUUUUUGUAUGUGAAGCAAUUCUUGAAACAGGCCUACAGUCUCCAGACCAGAAGAAAAACCAGACUGAGAGCACAAUGGAUGUUUGGAUUAUAUCGUUCUUCAGUACUGAAGAGCAUGGCCUUUUGCUUCAGGACAGUUUUCCAUUGCCUUCAUCCUACCAGGUUCUUCUGGGCAUAGAGGUGCCACAUUAUUACUUUGCAAAAAAGUUGUUUUUUCGGAGGGGAUGUGUCUAUAAACCUCUGGGAGAAGCUGAGAAAGGACAAGCAGAGUCUGGCUCAAUAAAGGUGUCUCAGAUGGUUGUGAGAAGACCCAUGAGAGAUUUCAUUGGAUUAGGAGACUGUGAUAAGACUACCCAGGAUGCCAUGCUGAACUUCAGCUACUAUCUGACUGCUGGAGACAUGGAUGAGGCCUUCAAAUCCAUCAAGCUGAUAAAAAGUGAGGCUGUCUGGGAGAACAUGGCUCGCAUGUGCGUGAAGACUCAGAGGCUCGAUGUUGCCAAAAUUUGCCUUGGAAACAUGGGUCACGCAAGAGGAGCCAAGGCAUUGAGGGAGGCUGAACAAGAGCCAGAGCAGGAGGCCAGAGUGGCAGUGCUGGCCAUUCAGCUGGGCAUGCUGGAAGAUGCAGAGCGACUCUACAAGGCUUGCAAACGUUACGACCUCCUGAACAAGUUCUAUCAAGCCUCAAACCAGUGGCAGAAAGCCAUUGAAACAGCUGAAGCUCACGAUCGGGUUCACCUACGCACCACGUACUACAACUACGCUAAGCACCUGGAGGCAACCGGAGAGCACAGUCUUGCACUCACCCACUAUGAGAAGUCAGACACGCAUAGGUUUGAGGUACCCCGCGUGCUCUCUGAAGACUUACAAGCCCUGGAGAACUAUGUGAACAAGAUGAAAGACAAGAGCCUGUGGAAAUGGUGGGCACAGUAUCUGGAAAGCCAAUCCGAUAUGGAAUCUGCACUAAAAUACUAUGCGCUGGCUCAGGAUUAUUUUUCCCUAGUCCGUGUACACUGCUUUCAGGGCAACAUUCAGAAGGCUGCUGAAAUAGCAAAUGAAACGGGGAAUUGGGCAGCAUCGUAUCACUUGGCCCGCCAGUAUGAGAGUCAGGAUGACAUCAAGCAGGCUGUACAUUUCUACACCAGGGCCCAGGCAUUUAACAAUGCCAUCCGCUUGUGUAAGGAUAACAAUUUAGAUGAUCAGCUGAUGAACCUGGCUCUUCUCAGCUCUCCAGAAGACAUGAUAGAGGCAGCCUGCUAUUAUGAGGAAAAGGGGGAGCAAAUGGACAGAGCUGUCAUGUUAUACCACAAGGCAGGACAUUUCUCCAAAGCACUGGAGCUUGCCUUUGCCACGCAGCAGUUUGGGGCCCUACAGCUAAUUGCUGAAGACCUGGAUGAUAAAUCAGACCCAGCUCUGCUAGCCCGCUGUUCUGAUUUUUUUAUUGAACAUGCUCAGUAUGAGAAGGCAAUGGAGUUGCUGCUAACAGCCAAAAAGUACCAUGAAGCUCUGCAACUUUGCCUGAAGCAGAACCUGACCAUUACGGAGGAGAUGGCUGAGAAGAUGACAGUCUGUAAGGACUCCAAGGACCUCUCUGAGGAGGCCCAGAGAGAGCUGUUGGAGCAAAUCGCUGAUUGCUGCAUGAGACAAGGCAAUUACUACAUGGCGACCAAGAAAUACACGCAAGCAGGAAACAAGUUAAAGGCUAUGAGGGCACUGCUGAAAUCUGGAGAUACCAAGAAAAUUGUCUUCUUUGCGGGAGUUUCCAGAGAGAGAGAGAUUUAUAUCAUGGCAGCCAACUAUCUACAAUCACUGGAUUGGCGGAAGGACCCCGAGAUUAUGAAGAACAUCAUUAGCUUCUAUACUAAAGGAAGGGCCCUUGACCUGCUUGCAGGUUUCUAUGAUGCAUGUGCUCAGGUAGAAAUUGAUGAGUAUCAGAACUAUGAGAAAGCACAAGGAGCACUGACAGAAGCAUAUAAGUGCCUUUCAAAAGCAAAGACUAGAAGCCCUCUGGAAGAGGAAAGCAAACUAGCACGUUUGCAAAGCAAGAUGACCCUGAUUAAGCGAUUCAUCCAUGCUCGGAGAGUUUACUCUGAAGAUCCCAAGGAGGCAGUCAGACAGUGUGAACUUCUCCUAGCUGAACAAGAUUUUGACAACGCCAUCCGUCACGGCGAUGUCUUGGGAUUUCUAGUUGAACAUUAUGUACAAGUGCAGGAAUUCCAUAUGGCUUACCGGUAUCUGGAAGAGAUGCAGAAAAGAAUUCCACCUAUGAACCUGAGCUACUACGUGACUCCACAGACCAUUGAGGCAGUUCACCGAGGAGUAGGCAUUCCCAUAAGCCGAACCCUGGUUCCAGAACAAAUGUGCCACAGCAGUAUGGAGAACAAGGAGGUGGAAGAAGAAGUGGCUGAUGAAGUGGAGGACCCCUGACAACUUACACUUAAACGCAAAGUUGACUUUAAUACUAGGUCAUUUAUUCUGUCCGCGUUAGGGGUCAUACAUCAAUCAACACACUGCUGUGACAAGGCUUUUUGGUUAUUACCAAGAAAUUUUUAAUUCCAGCUGGACUGUACAAGUAACAGUAUUGAAGUUAAUAUGUUACCUCAAACACUGCAUACAAAGAUUCACAUGUAUACCCUGUAAUGAAGCUAUUUUUAGUAUUUUAAUAAAUUUGAGGGGGGGAAAAAACAACAAGAACUGCA